UGGAGAAAAUGUUGGCCUUACUGGUCAUGUAGCAUGCGAUCGAGUUCAUGCCAUUGGAGAUCGAUUCAAACACCUUGCCGUUUAACAUUUCUAACUCGGUUUUCGCUUUAUUCAUACCUUGUAAAUGUUGAACACGCACGUGAUGAACUCAAUCAACAGGAAUAACCGAGCGAUGAUGGAAGGAGUGGGAGCAAGAGUGGUACGCGGACCAGACUGGAAGUGGGGGAAGCAGGAUGGUGGAGAGGGACACGUUGGAACGGUUAGGAGUUUUGAGAGUCCAGAGGAGGUGGUGGUGGUCUGGGAUAAUGGAACGGCUGCCAACUACCGUUGUUCCGGAGCAUACGACGUGAGGAUACUGGACAGCGCACCAACAGGCAUCAAGCAUGACGGAACCAUGUGUGACACCUGCCGUCAACAGCCCAUCAUUGGUAUUCGCUGGAAAUGUGCUGAGUGCACCAAUUACGACCUCUGCACAACCUGUUACCAUGGAGACAAACAUCACCUGAGACACCGGUUCUACAGGAUCACCACCCCGGGCAGUGAGAGAGUACUUUUGGAGUCACGGCGCAAGUCAAAGAAAAUCACAGCCAGAGGGAUCUUCACUGGUGGCCGGGUGGUGAGAGGCGUGGACUGGCAGUGGGAGGACCAGGAUGGAGGCAACGGGAGGAGAGGAAAGGUGACAGAGAUCCAGGACUGGAGUGCAGCCAGCCCUCACAGCGCUGCCUACGUACUGUGGGACAAUGGGGCCAAGAACCUGUACAGAGUUGGCUUUGAGGGAAUGUCGGACCUGAAAUGUGUCCAGGAUGCCAAAGGAGGCUCGUUUUACAGAGACCACUGUCCCGUUUUAGGUGAGCAGAAUGGCAACAGAAAUCCCGGUGGUCUACAGAUUGGAGAUCUGGUCAACAUUGACUUAGACCUGGAGAUUGUCCAGUCACUCCAACAUGGCCAUGGUGGGUGGACUGACGGCAUGUUUGAGACCCUCACCACCACCGGCACAGUAUGUGGCAUCGACGAGGAUCACGACAUUGUGGUUCAGUACCCCAGUGGGAACAGGUGGACAUUUAAUCCAGCAGUGCUGACAAAGGCCAAUGUAGUGCGCAGCGGCGAAGUUGCAGCCGGGGCAGAGGGAGGCAGUUCCCAGUUCCUAGUGGGAGACCUGGUCCAGAUCUGCUACGACAUCGACCGCAUCAAGCUGCUACAGAGAGGCCAUGGAGAGUGGGCUGAGGCGAUGCUGCCUACCUUAGGCAAGGUGGGUCGCGUGCAGCAAAUCUACUCUGACAGUGACCUGAAGGUCGAGGUUUGUGGAACUUCUUGGACGUACAAUCCUGCUGCUGUCACCAAGAUCGCCCCCUCUGGCUCUGCUGUCAGCAACGCCUCUGGAGAGCGUCUGUCUCAGUUGCUGAAGAAACUGUUUGAGACACAAGAGUCCGGAGACAUCAACGAGGAACUGGUCAAGGCAGCAGCCAAUGGAGACCUGGCCAAAGUGGAGGACAUCCUUAAGAGACCAGAUGUAGACGUGAACGGGCAGUGUGCUGGACACACUGCUAUGCAGGCAGCCAGUCAGAACGGUCACGUGGAUGUCCUAAAGCUGCUGCUUAAACACAAUGUGGACCUGGAGGCUGAGGACAAAGAUGGAGACCGGGCGGUGCACCACGCAGCCUUUGGUGAUGAGGGCUCUGUCAUUGAGGUGCUGCAGAGGGGCGGUGCCGACUUGAACGCCAGGAACAAGCGAAGGCAGACUCCAUUACAUAUAGCUGUCAACAAAGGCCACCUGCAGGUGGUCAAAACCCUGCUGGACUUUGGAUGCCACCCCAGCCUCCAGGAUUCAGAGGGUGACACACCCCUGCACGAUGCCAUAAGCAAGAAGCGAGACGACAUGCUGUCAGUGCUGCUGGAGGCCGGCGCUGACGUUACCAUCACCAACAAUAACGGGUUCAAUGCCUUGCAUCAUGCUGCCUUGCGAGGAAAUCCCAGUGCCAUGCGCGUGCUGCUAUCCAAACUGCCGAGGCCUUGGAUCGUAGAUGAGAAGAAGGAUGACGGUUACACAGCACUGCACCUGGCUGCCCUCAACAACCAUGUGGAGGUGGCUGAGCUGUUGGUGCACCAGGGCAACGCCAGCUUAGACAUCCAGAAUGUCAACCAGCAGACGGCAUUACACCUGGCAGUGGAGCGCCAGCACACUCAGAUAGUCCGGCUGUUGGUACGGGCAGAGGCCAAGCUCGAUGUGCAGGACAAGGACGGGGACACACCGCUUCACGAGGCACUGCGUCACCACACACUAUCCCAACUGCGACAACUCCAAGAUAUGCAGGAUGUCAGCAAAGUGGAGCCCUGGGAACCCUCCAAGAACACAUUAAUCAUGGGCUUGGGCACCCAGGGGGCAGAGAAGAAGAGUGCAGCAUCCAUCGCCUGCUUCCUGGCAGCUAACGGAGCGGACUUGACCAUUCGUAACAAGAAGGGCCAGUCCCCUCUAGACCUGUGUCCUGACCCCAGCCUCUGCAAAGCUCUGGCCAAAUGUCACAAAGAAAAGAGCAGUGGCCAGGUGGGCACCCGCAGCCCGUCUCUGAACAGCAACAUCGAGUCACUGGAGGAGUGUAUGGUGUGCUCAGACAUGAAGCGAGACACCCUGUUCGGGCCCUGCGGACACAUCGCCACCUGCUCCCUCUGCUCGCCACGUGUCAAGAAGUGUCUCAUCUGCAAGGAUCAGGUCCAGUCAAGAACCAAGAUUGAGGAGUGCGUAGUGUGCUCUGACAAAAAGGCAGCCGUGUUGUUCCAGCCCUGUGGUCACAUGUGCGCUUGUGAGAACUGUGCCAGCCUCAUGAAGAAGUGCGUACAGUGCCGGGCUGUAGUGGAACGCCGCACCCCCUUCGUUCUUUGCUGUGGAGGGAAAGGUAUGGAGGAUGAUGCCGCUGAUGAUGAUGAUGAUGAUGAUGAUGAUGACCUUACAGGGAGCUCUAACACUAUGGCAGGGGGAUCGCAGGAUCUUCUCCAGCCCAACAAUCUGGCACUAAGUUGGUCCAGCGGAAACAUCCCAGCCCUGCAGAGAGACAAGGACAACACCAACGUCAACGCUGAUGUACAGAAGUUACAGCAACAGCUUCAAGACAUCAAGGAGCAGACCAUGUGUCCGGUGUGCCUGGAUCGGCUGAAGAACAUGAUCUUCAUGUGCGGCCACGGCACCUGCCAGCUGUGCGGGGACCGAAUGAGCGAGUGCCCCAUCUGCCGCAAGGCCAUCGAGCGCCGCAUCCUCCUCUACUAGAUCUCCACACAGACUCUGUCGCUUCUCUCAAAGUUCACGCGCGCAACGCCACAACCACACCAGCUGCUGCCGCUGCUCGACCAUCCUCACAGCACCCAAGUCAGCCAGCCAAGGGCGUCCUCAAAUGUCUUUUUCUACACAACAAUUGCUCUCUUAAUGUUCUGACUGUGUUCACGUGGAAUUUCUGUUACAAAACAAGGAAAAAAUAUGAGUUGACUUGACUCAAUUCUGCUGCUUUGUCACCAUGUUUCCUCAAUGCAGCCAGAAAGAUGUUUGCCUCUCGGACAUCGCCUUCGUUUCUCAUUGUGUCUCUCUCUUUUUCUCUCUUUCUUACUAUCCUCUCCUCAUCCCUUAAUCUGUUUUUACUUUAUAUGUGAAACUUCUUUUCUCUCUUCAGAGUCUGUGGAGUCAUAUUCAGACUCACAGUCUUGGAUAUGAACUUAAGGGGUCAAUCCCGUGCCUGGAUUUCCCCCCUGGAACAGCUCUUAGCAUCAGAGCGAAUUCACAAGUGUAGAGGAGGUGUAAAGUUGAUGUAAAGUUCUCAUGCAUCUGUCGCAGUCAACGCCAGCUGCAGUCAAGUUUUAUUGUAUUUGUAAAUCUUUAUGCAAGUGUAUUGGUAUCGGAAGCUAAUUUUUCAUUACAGUACGGCAAGUUUGUGACACAUUACUGUUUGCACCAUUUAAAAGUUGAGUGAGUGUUUUUGGCGUCAUGUCAUGUGUUGAGUUUGGCUGUCGUGACACACACCGUAUGCCGACUGUCCUCGCAGUUGAAGACCAGAUGUUGGCAGUUUUGCACUAGAAAAGCUGAGUCAGGGUAAAAAAAAAAAAACUCCUUUCCACACUUACUUUGGAGGUCCACUCCAGGUCAGUGAUAAAACGCAGAUAGAGUAGUCUGACUGCCAGGUAGCACACCACACCCCGUACUCUGUUUACCAAGCUGUACCAAGAACGACGGCGGUGUUGCAACACCCUGUUUGGCUGCGGAUUCAAGACAAACACACAAACUUAUUCAACUUCUGUCCAGCGAUCAGCCACCGUUGUAACUGUUUGUUGUGCACACAAACCCACAUGAUGCAAACGUUUCUGUAACAAGAGUCCGCUGUCACAACUUAUUGUUCGACUGUUUUGAGACUUGGUGGUAUUGUCUGAUAAAAAAAAUUGUACAAUUCAAUGAGCAUUGCUAAUUUACUAUUGAUGACUGUGCCAUUUGCUUCCAAAAAUCUACUGGUUAAAUAACUUGUAUGGGGAUAAGGUGCUCUUUAUCUUGUAUUACUGUUUUUUUUUUUUUUUUUUAUUUAAGUGUAUUUCCUUUUCUCAAAAUCAACAUUUAUUGAGCUAGAAAGUACAAUCUAUUAGAACACUAAAGAUAAAAAUGUAGAAUAAAUUAUUUUGUAUUGCUGCCCAAAAAAAUAGGAUUUAUAGGUAUCACUGCCUUCCUAAUAUGUAGCCUCAAAAUCUCUCAAAACAUUCUGCUUUGAUAUUAAUGUUAAUACGUUUGUGAUGUUCUUUUCGUUUGCUUUUUGUUGGCAGUAGCUUUCUAGAUAGAAAGAUAGAAGCAUUUUCCUCUGAAAUAGGCCUCUGUAAGCCUAACUUGUUUGUGUGAAAUGGAGAAAAAAAAGACAUUUUGUUGUCAAAAGUGUCAAGUAUCUUUUCACCAGUGUUUUAUUUGGGAGGAAAGCUAAUGUUUUUUUUUUUGUUUUUUUUUAAAGAGAGAACUUGCCUUACCUCUUUUAAAAGGCAGUUGCCCAUGCGGAGGCUCGGCAAGGUGGCUAGCUUGCUCCGCAAUGUGGGAUUUUGCAUACAAGCAUCUUUUUUUCUCUUUUUAGGUCUGAAAGCAACUUUUUUGAGUACAGUUUCAAUUCUUUUCACUGAUCAUGAUAACACUUCAAGCUAGAAGCACUAAUACGCUUUAUGGUAGUGUUGUCUUGUUAUGGUUGUUAUGAAAAAGCCUAUUUUGUACUUCAUUUUCAAUACCUGUAAUUGUCCUGUUGGAAAUGUAUCAGUAGUAUUUUCUUUGGCAUGAAUGUUUGACAUGCAGUACGACAUGUUUCAUGAAAACCGUUCAGUCUGUAUUGCUAAAAAGUGCUUUUAAAACAACCAUAUAGCUGAAAUAAAGUUCUAAAUGAACCAUG